AUGCCGGCUAUUGCACCGCUACUUGAGCUUUCUGCGCGUAGCGCAACAAAUAGCACGUCACCAGCUCCUCUUCAAGUCGUAUGCGCGUUCCCUGUUUCUGGUCAGUACGGGGCUGGAAGCCGAAUCUUGUACUAUGUUCUAGUCAUCACGUGUAUCUUUGCGCGUAAAGCAGAGUGGCUAAGAGGAGCGUUGUUGGCGGCUGCGCUCGUUCUGCCCAGUGUUGCUGCAAUACACGCCAUCGUGCUUGCCAGCACGCACGUGAAUGGCGCGGUUGACAUGGACAUCUACGGAGCCUUUCAAUUUUGCUCAAUCGCAAUCCUGGCGGCGCCACUUACCGUUCGCUUAUCGAAAACCUAUUUCUACGACCCUGGACGCAAUGUCAUCUUCCUAUGGACUAUACUUAUACUCGCCGGACUCAUCGCUCUUUGUGUCGAGUUUUAUAGGGCGACACCAAUUGAUUGUACUUCUGCGCAAGCCGGCGUCCCGAAUCUCAGUAAGAAGAAUUUUCCAUACGGAAAUACAACAUGCGACUUGAGAUGCAGCGACAAAGACGGGCCGUUUUCUCCUUUGCGUGGGGGAGCUGCAAGUGAAAUAUAUGUCGUACCUGCUCCGACUAGAUUGAGCUUCAAUACAGGAAUGCUUCUAGCCGCAGGAUUUUGUAUACCGGCAAUUCUAAGUCUGAUAUUUACUUGGGACAAGAUCCUCGAGAUUAAUUGGAAGAGGCGACGCGAAGCCGAGGAAAACCUGGAUGAGCCUGUCGAAGGUGCCAAUGUCACUGUACGUGAGCUUAAGGGGAUUAACAGCGUCGUACGGAUGUUCUUAAGCGUCGUCGAGAUUCCGCUUUUUGGUGGAGCUGUCAUUGCCAUUUUGAGCUUCGGCGAAGCCAACUUCUUCAGUCAGCAGGUUGCAUAUCAGACUGAGCCCAUGGCAGCAGUUGGUCAGUGGGCACCUAUUGCAGGUACAGUAAUUGCGGCCUUGGGCUCACUGUAUCUUCUAUGGUACAAGGGAGAGAAGGAUUUGCAAGAAGAGCACACAACUUUACCCCAUACUUCUGAUUAUCUCCAGCAUGGGUCAGGUAGUGACCGCGAAAUGUCCCCGAGUCGAUUUCCCGAUGAGCCCCGUUCGCCUGGAGCGGUAUCAGAGGGGCUUGGGCUCGGUAUACGAACAACGACGUCCAAUGAUAUCGGGCGGAUUCCCACAAUAACAGAACCUGCCGUUGAGCGAAGUGCGACAGCAGGUACACAACACCGGAAUGGCGAAGACGAUCCAUCAGCUGGCAGGCCACGAGUACGCCAAUGGUUCACAUCCGCCGCGAACUAUCUCGGCAAUGCGGCUCACCACAAGCUCGAUGUUUCGGAUUACAAAGACCAAAAGGCACAUGCAUUCCCAGAGAUACCAGGCGAGCCUUUGCGCAACGCCGCGAUCGGACGUAUCAGCGAACAGUAUACUGUCUUACGUGCGGAAAGAUCAAGAGCGGAAAGUACAUAUGCGCCUAGUAUCGCUUCCAACUCUGGCCUCGAGGGCGGUUCGACACCACCAACUCAUGCAUCUCCGCGACCGGACAUAAGUCCGUCCCGAAAACCAAAGAGAAAGAACACUCUCGAAGUUCCUACCCCGGUCCACAUUCAUCGCAGGACUGAGAGUCAUUGA